GCAAGCAGCAGCAGCAGGAGGGUGUGAAUUUGCUCCAGCGAUUACGCAGCCAUCUACAAUGUGAGGGAGCAAAAUUUGAUCAGUUCGGGCAGCAUGGCCAGGAGGCAUGUUUUGCUCCUCGCCACCUUGAUCGUUCUUCAAGCAGUGGCGCAGCUGCAAGAUGAGUCUCAAGAUGCCCAAGCCCUGCUCGCUUUCGCCCACACAUUCAACAACACCCUGGGCUGGAACUCUUCCUCGGGCCCGUGUGGCUGGCUCGGUGUCUCGUGCUCGCCAACCACGGGCCGCGUCACCUCUCUCUCGCUCGCGGGGCACUACCUCCACGCCCAGCUCCCGCGAGAGCUCGGCCUCCUCACCGAGCUCCAGUCCCUCAAUCUCUCCUCCACCAAUCUCACCGGCAGGAUACCGCCAGAGAUCGGCCGCUGCUCCAAGCUCGAGUUCCUCGACCUCUCCAACAACGAAGUCAGUGGCGCGAUCCCAGACACCAUUGGCAACCUCCCCCGCCUCCAGAUCCUCAACCUCCAGGCCAACCAGCUCGUCGGCCGGAUCCCACCUUCGAUCAAAGGCUGCUCCAGCCUCGACACGCUCCAGCUCUUCGACAACCGUCUCAACGGGACCAUCCCGCCUGAAAUCGGCCACCUUCAGAAGCUGAGGAUCAUCCGGGGCGGCGGCAAUGCCGGGAUUUCGGGUCCGAUCCCGCACGAGAUUGGGAACUGCUCCAGCCUCACCAUGUUUGGAUUCGCCGUGACCAACAUCUCGGGCCCGAUCCCUCCCACCUUCGGCAGGCUCAAGAGCCUCGAGUCGCUCCUCCUCUACGGCGCGGCGCUCACGGGCUCCAUACCCGACGAGCUAUGCGAAUGCACGGCGCUCCAAAACCUCCACCUCUUCCAGAACAAGCUCACGGGCACCAUCCCGGUCAACCUUGGUCAACUCACGCAGCUCCGGCGGCUGCUCCUGUGGCAGAACGAGCUGACCGGCGGCAUACCGCCCUCCGUCGGCGGCUGCAAACUGUUGACCGAGAUUGACCUCUCCACGAACUCGCUGUCGGGCGGUAUACCGCCCGAGGUCGGCCAUCUUUCCUCGCUCCAGAACUUCCUGGUGAGUAUCAACAACCUCACGGGCCGCAUACCGCCCGAGUUUGGCGACUGCACGGAGCUCAAGGUGCUGGAGCUCGACACCAACCGGCUCUCGGGCCCCCUGCCCGACUCCAUCGGCCGCCUCGCCAAUCUGACGCUCCUCUUUUGCUGGGAGAACCAGCUCGAGGGCCCGAUCCCGGACAGCAUCGUCAAUUGCUCCCACCUCAAUACGCUCGAUCUCUCCUACAAUCGCCUCUCGGGGCCCAUCCCGUCCAAGAUCUUCUCGCUGCCAUCGCUGGAGCGGCUGCUGCUCAUCCACAACCGGCUGUCCGGGGUGCUGCCCGAGGUGGGCGUCACCGACUCCGUGCUCGUCCGGCUGCGCGUCAAGGAGAAUCUCCUCGUGGGCGGCAUCCCCAGGAGCCUGGGGAGCCUCCGGAAUCUCACAUUCCUCGACCUCGAGGGGAACGGGCUGAGCGGGGAGAUCCCCGAGGAGAUUGGCAGCCUCAUGUCGCUGCAGGGCUUGGUCCUGGUGAAGAACGAGCUCACGGGCCCGGUGCCCGCGUCGCUGGGCCGGCUGCGCGCUCUCCAGCUGCUCGACGCCUCCUCCAACCAGCUCGAGGGAGAGAUCCCGCCGCAGAUCGGCGACAUGCAAGCGCUCGAGUACCUCAAGCUCUCGAACAAUCGAUUGACGGGGAAGAUCCCGGACGAUCUCGGCCUGUGCAAGCAGCUCCUCUCGCUGGAGCUCGCCAACAACAGGCUGUCCGGGGAGAUCCCGGCGACGCUGGGUGGGCUGGUCAGCCUCUCCAUCGCGCUCGACCUCCACUCCAAUUCCCUCACGGGAUCCAUCCCGGAGCGAUUCGCCGAUCUCACGCACCUCGUCCGCCUCGAUCUCGCGCACAACAAUCUCUUUGGCGGCGUCCAACUCCUUGACAAGCUCGCCAACCUCAACUUCCUCAACGUCUCCUACAACUCCUUCACGGGCAUCAUCCCAUCCACCGAUGCAUUCCGCAACAUGGCCGUCUCUUUCGCGGGCAACCGCCGGCUGUGCGCCAUGUCGGGCGUGUCGCGCGGCACGCUCGACGGCCCACAGUGCGGUACGGACGGCCACGGGUCGCCCGUACGGCGGUCCAUGCGGCCCCCCGUGGUGGUGGCGCUGCUCUUCGGCGGUACCGCGCUGGUGGUGCUGCUGGGCUCGGUCCUCCUGUACCGCCGGUGCCGCGGCUUCUCGGACAGUGCCGCCCGCGGUAGCCCGUGGCUGUGGCAGAUGACGCCAUACCAGAAGUGGAACUCGAGCAUCUCCGCCUCGGACGUGGUGGAAAGCUUCAGCAAGGCGGUGCCAAUCGGCAGAGGGAGCUCCGGAUCGGUGUUUAAAGCGAAGCUGCCGGAUGGGAACGAGAUCGCGAUCAAGGAGAUCGAUUUCAGCAGCAGCAGGAGAGCCAACGCCAACCACGCGAGCUUCAACUCGGAGGUCCACACGCUGGGAUCCAAGGUCCGGCACAAGAACAUCGUCCGGCUCAUUGGCUACUGCACGAACACCAAGACGGCGCUGCUGCUCUACGAUUUCAAGAGCAAUGGCAACCUCGAGGAGCUGCUCCACGACGCGGACAAGAAGCGCUCCCUCGACUGGGAGCUGCGGUACAAGAUCGCGCUGGGCGCGGCGCAGGGGAUCGCGUACCUUCACCACGAUUGCAACCCGCCAAUCUUGCACAGGGACAUCAAGGCCAACAACAUCCUGCUGGGCGACUCGCUGGAGCCUUACAUUGCGGAUUUUGGGCUGGCCAAGGUGCUCGCCGAGGAGGAUUUCGUGUACCCGGGGAAGAUCCCGGGCACCACUGGCUACAUUGCUCCUGAGUAUAGCUGCCGGGUAAACAUCACGACCAAGAGCGACGUCUACAGCUACGGCGUUGUCCUCCUCGAGAUCUUAACCGGGCGCCGAGCACUGGAGCAAGACAAGAACGUCGUCGAUUGGGUCCACGGACUGAUGGUGCGGCAGCAGGAGGAGCAGCAGCAGCACCAGCUCCGGGUGGAGGCGCUCGACUCGCGGCUGCGAGGAAUGCCCGACCCUUUCAUCCACGAGAUGCUCCAGUGCCUGGGGAUCGCGCUAAUGUGCGUGAAGGAGUCGCCCGUGGAAAGGCCGAGCAUGAAGGACGUGGUGGCGGUGCUGGAGCAGAUCAAGCACGUCCCCGAGGAGGUUGCGCACAAGAACAGCAAGAGCUCGUCGUCGUCUGAGGACCACAUGGGCCAGGAGUCGAGCUGUAACAGCGGGAGGAGGAAGAACAGGCAGAUCAACGAGAAGCUUUUGCUCAAGACGUCGGCAAGCAAUCACGAGCGGCUUCUGUCUUCGUCGACUCACAACUUCAAUAUGAGUGGAUUGGAGAGCGAGAUGAUCGUUAUGGACACCACCACCACCCUAUAGAAUUAUAGCUACAUCAGUAUUUAACUUUUUUGCUUUCGAAACAACAAAUAAAAAUUCGCGGAUACAAAAAUUA